CUCCGGAAUAGGGAUUGUGUUAAAAUAAAAUUUACUCUCUCUAAAUAUACCACGUUUCCAUUAACCUUAUAAAAAGGGUGGGACAGGAGCAGUGUGACGAUUAUUGGAAAAGAAAAACCGUUAAAGGGAUCUGGAGGUUAGGGGUGCUAUAAGCUCUCGGUAACCUCCUGAACUCACCCAUUUACCGAAACUAUGUUGCCUUUCUGCUUACUUUUGUUGCUUUCGAGUUAACAUGCGUUCUGCUGAUAACCGCGUGUGAUUUUCGCAAUGGGAAUGAGAAAAGGAACGUCAUAAAAUUUGAGGAAUAACAAUUGUCAUGUGGAGAGAUCAAGUUUAGUUUAGAUGUUUGCCCAAUAGAAAACAAACACCUUGGCCUUACAGUGACUCUGCUAUAUUCCAGUGUCUCUUAUUGCCUCUGUUAUAUUUUAUAUUCAGAGCAGCCGGCCCUGGAAACAAUUGCGAAAGCUCAAGUCAUGAAUUCAGCCAAGCUAGCAAAUAAGGGAUGCAGCGCAACUAGCGAUCCUGUUUAGACGUCGCUAACGCCACGCACAGAAAAUGCAGCGCCCACCAUCAAUCGAUUAAACAGGGGCGCACAUCAGUCGACGAAGCGCUCUAAUUGAAUCUCCGAGCACUGUUCGUGAGUUUUUUGUUCUUGCGUUUUACUUAGCGUUUCGGUUUCGUUUCGACGCGCUGUACACCUGCAGGCAUCAACUUGCAUUCCCCUCGGCCCCCUGCAUCGGAACAAGAAAAUAAGAACAAAAGUAGGGAAAGACCCUGCUAGAAGUUACGAUAGCCACAGUAAACACAACCCAACUAAAAACAGAGGAAGAAUAAGCCUGUGUACGGCGCACGCGAUUAGAAUGCAAGCGCGCACCCCUGUAACCGCGCGCUCGCGGAGUCCUAGCCCCAGGAAGAACCCCGCGAUCUGCUGUUCCAUUGGCCCUACCGCGCGCAAAGUAACGACGUAACGAGGCCACGUGGCCAGCGUCGUCCAAUCGCAGAUUUGCAACGGGUCGACGUUGUCGCGGCGCGAGCUGUGGCUUGGCGCGAGACGAAAACGGUGGGGUACGGAGGAGGGGUGGGUGGGGAGACCGAGAGCAUGGAGAUGUUGGUGGUGGAGAGCGAGGUACGGUGGAUCCGUGUGGGGGUUCCAGUGGAAAGGGAGAGGCCGUGGUUGGUGGUGGUGGUGGGAAGAGGGGAUGCGAACGGAAAAAAAAAAAAAAAUGCGGCGCUUCGGCUCCGUGGUGUUGACGCGCGGCCGGUCCGAGUUUACGUGAAAAAGAUGGCCGCCGACGUUACCUUCUUCGUCGGCGAAGAGUUCACCUCGUUCACCGAGCUGCACCGGCGCAUCCAGUCGUUCCAGCUGCGCAACUCGGUGCAGCUCUACAUUCGCAGCUCGCGCAAGAUCCAGGCGGCCCAAGUGCGCUCGACGGACGGCUACAACCCCGAGCUCAAGUUUGCCGAAAUCUACUACGCCUGCGUUCGAGGCGGCCGCAAGUUUCAGACUCGAGCGAACGCCAGCAGCACUACCAACGCCCGACACUACGGCCGGGCCGAACAGUCGAGCUCACGCCAGAUCAACUGCCCGUUUCACAUAAAGAUCCGCUGCACAAGGGAUGGCCAGAAGCUUUACAUUAAGGACUUCAACUCCUCUCAUAAUCAUGGGACGACCGAGCAAGAUGCUGUUCUGUCACGGAGCCGCACCCGCCACUACUGGCCAAACAGCGGGAGGCAGUCCGACACACCACCACCGGUACCGUCGUCACAGGCAACGUACGGUGCCGUGUCCAAGCCAAAAUCCAGUGUCGUCACAACAAUCGCCUCCAAGGAUGGUCAGCGGCAGGUGACGGUCCCGUUGUCAUCAGACGGUACGCUCCCCAAGGAUCCUGUGCUUUUCCAGCUGCUCAGCUCCCCGCAGCCAUCGUCCUUAACCUUCCAGAACCUCCUCUUCGUGCCAAAGAACCGAGGUGUUGGUAACAGCCUCCCGAGCCCACACCCUGCCAUUGUCUUCCAGCCCGGCACCAACCUCAACCGGGCAAACAACGCCGCAUCUGCUGUGAAAGACGAGCAGACGGACAGCGACGACUGUGACGUUUACAUCGAGCCCGAAUGCAUCUUGCAGUACGAUGAAGACAAGUGCUUUGAGCUGUGCACCGCUGACACCAAGGACGGUGUCUGCGGUCCAAGCCUGAGGCUUGCCGCCACCAGCAGCCCCAACGCCGGACACAAUUCCGACUGGAAAGUGGGUCACAGGUGCAGUUCCCACAGCACCUCCAACGGAGGGACGAAUUCCGGCGUGGUUCUGCAAGCGCUCAAGGCAGUGUUGAACGGAGAGCGUAACAAUACUGCCGCAGAGAAACCCAGCAGCAACAUAGAGCCGGUUGCGGAACGUUACGUGGUGGGCCGCUCGGACAUCGAGGCACUCACUCGUUUCUGCAGCCACUGCGGCGCCAAAUCCCUGGAAAUGAGGAGCGAGAACCAGAAGGACGGCUCGCUUCUGGUCGCAUCAGUCUGCAAGAGCGGGCAUCAGAUCGAAUGGAGGUUUCAACGUCUAUAGCCAUGUCCUAGGUGUUUGUACACCGUCUGGUCUCUUUUCUACGGUACGCAUCCACUUCUCAUGGACCCAAGUGUGUUUUCACAAUGUUUCUUGACACUGUUGUGUGUAAAAAUGAAAGCAUGACGCGAGAAACAGUGCCCGCCUGCUAGUCAACCCUUGUGUUGUCGUCUGCCUUGUUGUUUUUGCAAGCUAGCUGAGCUGUUGGGUGUAUAACUAACACAUCUGGUCGCAUUUGGUUGUGUAGAUGGACUUGCUUAACGCAUCUUUCAAGUUAGUAUGAAGAGCACUAUUUCUGUCAUGUCAUCGUCAUAAAUUCCGAGUUACGUGGCACCUGUAUGGUGAGUUAGAUUUCCCAUGUUGUGUCAGUUGCUAGGGCUAAUUUAUACACGUAGUUACUGUGUGUCUUGUAGUGUUAUGUUUUUUGUGUUUACACACUGAAUGGUAAGUGGAAGGUGGUUGUUCAAUCCAUUUCCGAAUAGUGAGACUCUCUGUGCUUUAUUGCUAACAAUGGAAGUGAGGAUUUCUAGUUUUGAUCAAAUUGGCUCUUUGACAAGUUUUCCCCAGCCUAGCUUCAACUUUGAGCCCAACAUCACAGUCGCUUUCAAGUUCCUUUCCAUGAUUUUGAUGUUGUGGUAUUUCACAGCUGCACAAAGACAACUCCUAAAGCGCUAGAGCAAUGCUUACUGUAUUCUCAUUACAUAGUUAUUAUCAGGUCGCACAAAUGGCAGCAUCAUUGUUACUAGAGGCAUAUUUAUUUUGUAGUCACUAUCAUGUCUCUUUCACCUACCAGUUUACCGGAGGCAAGCUUCGAGGGCAAAACUUCAGUGUCCUUGAUUAGCCAUAGCGCAUUGGAACCAGUGGUCACAGAAGCACCUAUUUCUUCGAUACGGCACACACCUUUAUCUGCCAUUCGUCUGCCUUUUCCAUCGCGUCUAAAGAAUUCUUAGAACUUGAUUUGUUAUUCCUUCAUCAUCAAUGCUAAUUUUGUAUUCCCAAAGCGAUUCAAGAAGUUGCAAAGCCAAAAUGUCACAUAUUUUUUUAUCACAACUGGGUGUACAGCAUCUGUACCAGAUGCUUGUGAUUUAUAUGAGAGUGCCAUGCUGGUGGUGCCCUCUUGAAAUGCAUUUUUUUUUUUCGUUGUCGUGUGAUAAGCUUGCUGCCCUUUAGUUUGCUUCCUUGACGCCAUGUGUCAGCAGCGGUAUCGGUGGCACACGGGUCACCUGGCCAUUAACUACAGUCAUUUUGUGUCACAUUUUUGUUGCUUGUUAUUGAAUUGUUAAUGUUCAUUAUGUUUACCCUGUCUCUUGUGUUACUUAUGUUGUACACAAAAAUAAGCUUCCUUUAUGAACUGCGUUUCUAUAGUAAAAAAAAAAGUUAUGCAGAUCCAACGCCUAUGUUGAAACCUAUGUGAAGUGAAGCUUUUCGUUGACAACCUUGACGCACACACCAGUCGUCUCAAAGAGCCACUAGGUGACACCAUGAAAGAAGUAUGCGUGCAAUUGUGGCCUAAUGGUCAGGGCACCUGGCUGUUGUGCUCUCCAAUAUUGUGCUUGGAGAGCAAGGUCCAAUGUAACUCUCUUAUUUUCUGCAUUUAAACUAUUUGGAAAGACAGGAGCACCCAGCAUCCAUGAUCAGCUAAGCCCAGGAGGGUUUGCUUUAUAAGAGAAAAAACAGGAGGGGCAAGGAUUUGUGCGCCCGAAGGACCAUGUGCUAGACCUGAUGACAUUGAGAGCUGCUCCUAAUUACUACAUGUCACUGUCUGUGUGACCACAUGUUUGAGUUAAACUGCUUGGAAAAAAAGAGAUUGCUUCAAAACUAUUGUCACUUUAAGAUGGACAUGAAUAAUAAACAUUGAGUUGUGGUGUUUGUUAUGGGGCAUUUGUUAUGGCCAGACUGUAAUUUUCUUGCUCCCAGUUAAAUUGUGGAAGAUCAAUACCUUCCGUCCGCAUUUGAUAUUCGUGCUAAUAACAUUUUGUUGCGGGCUGAUGUGUAGUCAGAAAUAAAAAAAAAAAACGUCAGGUCCAGGUAGUCUGCGUCCGAAAAUUGGCUUGGGCUGAUUCAAUUGGUUUAAAUCGUGUUACUGGGCAUAAACCAGUUGACGAGCUCUUUUUUUCUUUUCACCGAUUGUGCUGCAUCAUGCAUGUACUCAAUGUUGUCACUGCCACAUUGAAAUAGUUCCGGAAGUUCUCAAGCUGUGAGCCGCUUCUCUCUCUUUCCACUAGUUUGACUCGCAUCUUUGAUUUUUCUUUUUUAAACCAAAACGUUGAAGCCUGUCCCCUACAAAUUAUUUUCCAGCAUUGGCAGCUGUUUCCUUAGACCUCCAUGUAUCAUUCCUUGCGAUUCAGAGGCCUCCUUGUCUUUAACAAUGAACUGUCUUAGUUGAUAAUAAUUCGUUUUUUUACCAGCACAUCAUGAACAAAGAUGAAAGGGGGCUGCCCGAUUAGGUGCACCUUUCGUAUUAACCUUUGUUCCCAAAGUGUUCUCAAGGAUGUAGACGAGUCUUCCUCUUGGCAUGAUUCUUCCAUAAUUGCAACCGCUUUGUGACAUUUGUAGAUUCACUAUAAAUUACUGAAGUGGACAUUGGGCAGCAGUUGUGGGCACCUGAUAUGCCUGCAACCUCUUGUGCAGGCAUGACAUGUGGUGAAUUUUCACGAAUAUGAGAACAAAAUUGAGGAAGAUUACUGUGGAAUGCGUUUGCAUUUGGCUUCUGGGCAUUUUGGAGCUGUCAGGGGGUCCAUCUUUCUCUCCAAGCCAAACCAUGGAUCUGUUUAUUUCCAUGCUUGAAAUACUUGACUUUAUAAUAAUGUAGCACACUGACUUUUCAAUAGCAUUUGCAGGACAGUAAUGUGUUUGAAGGUUCCCAUACUUUUGGGAGGGGGGUGGGCAAGGGUGUCUGCCAUUGUGCGACGCUUUGUUCAGGGUCCUUUCACGGCAAAGCUAUUUCGAAACAAAAUGUAUAUUAGGAAAUCCCCAAGCCUCACAUACAGCUGACACCCAGAUUCCUUUGCAUGAAGCUUAAUCAUUAUGUAAAUAUCCUUGAAUUCCAUUGGUUGAUUUCAGGUCUCUUCUCUACUCAGUUGUGCCCCCCCCCCCCAAUGCUCUAUCCAUUAUUAUUAUCACGUUAAUGUUAAAGUGAAGCUUUAUUUUUUUUGCCUUUUCCUUCAGGUUUUGCGAUUCGUUGGUGCGAGUAACCCCACAGUAGUGAGAGCAGGGUUGACAGUUACACCACAUAUUUGCCAUUGCGUCUUCUCUGAUUGGCGCACGUGGUCCCUACAGCUUCUCUGAUUGGUUCAAAAUUGCAACGUGUACGUCUGGCUUUACUCGACACCAAACGGCUACACAUGUUCCUACGUUGCCACUGCGAUCAUUUGGUCAAACUUCAACGAGCAACAAAGGCCGCGUAGGGCUGCGGGGGGUCUUCUGGUGUUAGCGAGACACAAGUGAAUUUUUGUCGAAUAUGCACGGACGCAAACACUUGCAUCAUGAAGGAGACGCUUUCUCAUUGACAUUGAUCCUAAGCAUGUGUUAACAGAUGAAGAGAAUGAAGUCCAGAAGAAGCUCACAAGCCAAGAAGAGGAAUUAGUUAGGCCACAUACCCUAUUGGUUUCAGUCACUGCCGCAUUGCAUGUUUCAGAGCGAGUGUCAACACGCUCUAAAGUGUUAUCGCAACACAAAAGAGAGCAAAUGCAUAAGCAUAGUGGAACAAAGCAUCGCAUCACAUGAAUGCCAAUAGUGCAUUGGGUCUGCAGAAUUUUUUAAUUGUUAGUGCUUUUAACGGAAGGUUUCAUACUUGAUGAGUGGAUUUCGAGAAGCUCGGAUGAAAUACACCAGUGGAGUGUGCAAUGUUACAUUGGGCCGGCAGCCACAUUUCGACGGGAGCGAAAUGCAAAAUUAAUUUUUAAUGUUGGAUCGUGUUGACCACGUUUCGCAUGUUUUUCAUUAUGUGCAGAGCAGAAAUGAGCCAUUCGGAGUGUGCCGCGUGAAGUUUUGGUUGAUGGUUGCAUAAGUCACAGUUAUUUUGUAAACUGAUUGAAAUUGACAGUCUGUAAAGUUAUUUGGACAGAGAUAACCUACUUAAGAAAUGUUGCUUGGCAAUACUUUGGAGACUUAUUCGUGUGGAUGUAAUUGAAACCUCUUUGUGGUGUCAUCGUGAACACCAGUGCAUUGCGUAUGCAGUUUGGCUGCAUAUGAGAAGCUUCUGGCUAUUCGUUGAUGUCUAUUUUUUUCAAUUCAAAGUGGUCUGCCUGAAAGCAUACAAUUUUUUUUUUUUUAGUGCACGAGACAUUAUGAGGCAGCGUCACAUUAAUCAACCAUCACACAAGUACACAUUACACUGAUUCCUUGGGUGUUGUCAAACAGCUAAAGCAAGUCGGUAAAGAAGCUCUGUUAAUCUGUUGGAAGAUACAUAAGCCAAGUAAUCAAUGUUCACCCACGUACAAGGAUAUAGCUCUGACUCUUUCUUCUUGCCAUGACAGGCACAUAACAACACGAAGAACACACACCUGCGCACGUUUCUUACACCAGAAUUCUUUACUCUUCUCCUAGCCUGAAAAAGGUUCCUUUUGACACGACACGUAUGCUCAUUAUUCCCCUGUGUGCCUGUUCCGUACACAUCAAACUCAUUGGGCCUGGUUCAGAGGAGCUUGUUGAAAUGUGUGACCUAACUGUCUUCACAGGUGCCCUGCAAGCUCUCCAUCUCUGUUCCCCCUUUUGUUUUCUUUAAUGUUGAAGCCUUGGGUUUGAAGUGGUUUGAGCAUUGAUGUUUGCCCUAUCAUUGAGUUUCUUUUUUUCCUCUCCCAUUCUUCUUCUAGAACUUGUCCAAACAAUUCUAGCCUAAAAAUUCAUGCUAUGUUUCAUAUAAGGUGCUCUGAGCUAUGCAACAUGCAUUGUCUGACUCACCCAACGUCCAUUACGUACAAGUGCCGAGGAGAUUGAAAUCUGAACAAUGCUGAACUGAAAUGCUCAACACUAUACAAACACACACCGGGCAAAUAAUUUAUUCUCCACGCAUUCCUUUCUUGCUUGUCUUGCAGUAUGUGGCACAAUAGACCUUUCCGUCAUUGUUAGGCGAGAUUCCCCACGAUGCAGUUUUGCCAAGCUGACAGCGGCCGAAGCCAUUCUUUAGUUUAUUCUUCACAUUCGCAGAUGGAGUGUGUUUAGGAAGUGGAAGAUGUUCAUUGUGCGAUGAUGAAAUCAUGCGCAGUAUCGAAUUGCCAGCUUGCACAAUUUGCUGUUCGUCCGCACUUGGGACGAUGACCCCAGCAGCCAUUGGCGGGCAGUGUGGUGAAGCACGUUUGCAAGCCACAGUAGAGGCUCUAGUAAGAGUAUGAUAGACCAACAUUUGGGAAAACGCUGGUGACCAGCUUCAUUGUCGAUUCUGACUGAUGCAACCUGUGCCCACAUGACUAGCCAUCGUUUUGUAUUUUACUUUAAUAACAGCAUGUUCUUUGAGACUCCAGUUGUGAUCACGAGGCAUUGUAUUACACCAGUGGCGCAAAUGAGUGCAAGGACGAGAGGCAAACAAGGCCAAUGUUUCUUGUCCUUGUGCUUAUGUGUUCGCUUAUCUGAUACAGUUGGACCUCGAUACAAAGAAUUAUCGGAUGUAACAAAACAAAUUUAAUAUUUGGCUGGCUGUGCUUUAUUUUGAUGAGCAUUGUACUGCUAUAACGAAACCGAAAAUAUGAGAUCCGAGACAUACUGGCUACAGUGAAGCGAAUAUUUCUUCACUCAGCAGCCCAAAAUAUGUAUUCUGGUAGCAAGAAUGUAAAACACUCGGCAGGUGCAACUUGAAAAGCCAGCAAGCCGAUGUGUCAAUCCUGCAUGAUACACAGAUCAUUCAUUUCAUUCAUGGUUUCAUUCAUUCACGUAUUCCUUGAGAAUUAACAGGAGAGCCUUUUGCUGACCUGUCGGAGGUGUCAUGCUUGCAUUUCUUUUGCCCGAACCCGAUCGCGAAUUGUUUUUUCGCUGCACGUGUACGCUCGUAACAACUACAGUGUAGGACAAAAGUAGUUUUGUGUUUGGACGAGGCAUUGUUUCAGUGAAGUUUGGCUGUACUUUCGUUAUUUUCCAGCUCACCUGGUAAGCGUUUUACUCGAAUGUGGUGCCAUGCUAAGUACGUGUGUUAUCAUCACUUGUAGGCGGCUUGCCUGCGAUUCCGUGUGACUUCAGAAGGAUUAACUGUUGGGCUGGUCGGCCUGACACGUUGGCUGGAAAAACCAAGCACAAAUAAAUUAGACAAAGACUCGUGGAACAGAUGAGGACAAGCGCUGUACGAUUUGCUUGGACUGUAUAUAGCGUGCAUUUUUUUUACUAUUUAGUUACAAAUAUUUUGUUGAUGGAUAUGCUGUGUUUCUUGCUUAUUAUUAUAGCAUGGCUGCAGCUUGGAGCACACUUCUCUGCUUUCACAAGUAUGAAAUGCUGACUUUUUAAAAAAACAUGCGCACCCAUAUGAAAGAGGGUGCAUGUUUAAUCUGUGUUCAAACAACAAUUCUUGCAGACAUGUCGGAACCCAACUCACUGCUGUUUGCUGUGUAGUUCUCGUGUCGAAGAAUCGUGCUCGUGGAACUUUGUUUAUUUCAGUGUGGACCCAAGGGGAAAAAAAAAAGACGGCCUCAAAUGCAUUUGUGAAAGUACAUAUGUGAAAUAGUACAGGCUGAAUGAAGUGAGGGGUGUCGACUCAUUUACAAUGCAGCUCACUUGUGUUGUGUCAGAUGUUUAUUUAUUAGAAUUUUAGAUCUGUCAAACAGCAGGAGUUGAGUGACUUAUCUGUAUUCAGCUUGACUGCGGUGAACUUGCCUGAGGCACUGCCUGUCAUGUCUGAGUUGUUCAAGCACAAGUGUGUAACUUGCAAUGAGCGUCGGUUGUUGGCUUACUUAUGUUCUCCAUUGAAUGUCGUACAAGUAAAGGAGUCUGGCUAAACGGCUAGGUUACUCGCAUCAAAUUUUUGCACGGAGGUAGCAUUUCAGCACAAUGUUUUGACACCGUGGUUUCGAUACCAUGUUUAAUUAAUACCACGUGUUUGUGCAUCACUACACAUCAUCAGCAGGUGUUGCAGGACCAAAAAAAAUAUGUAACCGUGUUGGGGCAAUCAUGUCAGAUGCCACCUUUCAUCUCUAACGCAAAGUGCGGUGACAGUGAACAAUGACAGUGGAACAGUGACAGAGGGUAUCACCGUUUCGUAGCUGGGAAAAUUUAUACAUUUUGGUUUGGCAUUGCCUUAGAUGACGGAUGCAUCCAACUUAUUAAAAAAAAAUGUGAUUAUUACACUAAAACAUAAUAUCUUGAACAAAGUGCACCAGAAAAUGCUGCCUCUUUGCAAAGUUAACCCAGGAAUGAGCCAGCAUUUUAGCUGGAAAGAGCUGUUUAUAUCCAUCUUCCAUUAUUUGUGCAAGAUUUGGUACAUUCUGCUAUGAUUUGGUAAUCUACGGUUGUCUGGGCUGCUAUGUUAUGCCUUGAGUAGGUUCUCACCAUCGAGCAAGCCAAAAACAAUUGUAGUGCUUAUUUUGGAGUAUCCUGGACGCUUUGCAACUCAAAGUAAAAGACGAGUACCAUAAAAAAACACUCAUUGUUUGUUGACGGUGAAAUGAUUAUAUAAUCGGGAGCUAUCGUUCACGGCACUGCACUUGUAUAAGUGCCGCAUGCAAUUGGUUGUCAAUGGGGCGGUUGCCUUGUUAUCACGCUCAUCGCUAUCAUGAUUGGCAGGCACCUGAACACCAGCCAACGAAGAAAUACUCUUGCGUAAGAUAAUUUCUUUUAGAAUACAAUCCCAGAUCUCCAACGUGAUUGCCCCAAUUGAGUAUAGACUUCUGAAUAUAUGCAGUCUACUGAAGUGCUCAAAUUUUAUAUGUGAAACAUUGCUUUGUGUUGUCUACACUGUAAUUGUUUGUGAUAAAUUUGUCUGUUCUUUUAAUUAAUACUCAUAAUGAUGCAGAUGAAAAUGGGUUUGGCUAAUUCACCAAACACAAGUAUUUCCCACGACCAUCACGAGGAAAGCUUGGCAAACCUUUUGUUUGAUUUGUAACUUUGCGCCUCGCCAUUUUUGUGAGAGCUAGGCUUUCGAUUGGGUGUGUCUGUGUGAUUAUGUCUCGCUGUGCUGUUCACACCCAACACUCAUUCUAGGACUCAUUUUUUGCUGGUCACACACGUGCAGUCUAUUUCUGUGUGGUUUAUUUAAGGCCUUUUUAAAGGUUAUGGUCCUCUAGUCACGCAAUGGAUGCUCUUGCUACAAAAACAUGGCUGUCUCUGGUCACACAUGUUGUACAAUGCUAUUACUUUACGUUGGUACAUACAUCCAAGUCAUGCGUCGCUUGUUAGCCUGGUCUAUAGGUGUCUGAUGGAAUGUAUUGAUCUCGCAUAUCUGUACGGUUCAACCUGCCCUUGCUAGAAACCCUGAACCGCCACAUUUGCAUGGUUUUCUGGUAGCUAGCUAGUUCCUCAUUGAGUUACACCUGUAUUUUGUUCUUGCUGUUUCACUCUGCUACGUCAAAUAGUUUACAGAUGUUUUAAUCCACAUUCUUAAUUUGAUACAGUCAAGUAAGCUUUUCAGUGUCAUGCCUGUUUACAAACCGGCUGCUAGUUAUGUUGUCCUUAUUUUAAGUGACACCAGAUUUUGCUGUGACACAUCUAGCCAGGUCAGAUGGAACAUGCAAAUGCUGUAGUGUGCUGAUAUUACAUCACUCUUCAGUCAACCUUUGGGCCUGGCAGCAAGACCCAAAGCCAGUCACAUUAUCAGGGCUAACUAAUCCAUAGACAGACUCUGGCUAAGGAUUAGUUAGCCCUCGUAAUGUGGCAGUAUGGCACAAGCACUUGCAUUCUUGCUUCAUGCAUACAUGUAAAGCACAAUGUGCAGGCUUUAAGUUGACGUGAUCCAACAUAAAACCUUUUUGUCUGUUGGGCCUGUCCCAAGCAUCAUCUAGUCCUUAGAAGCUUAAGUACAGUUGCAAUCUUUUCUUGUGCCAUAUGUUGUGCAAUUUUUUUAGGUGUAGACGCACACUUUUGUCUCAGCUGUGCAGAACAUUGAGUGGAGAACUGUGUUGUGCCAUAAAGGUUCAGACACGGAUGGAAUAAUUGAUAGUUUGCAAAAUCUUUUUUUAUGUUGGCUGCCCCGCAAAGCUUUACUCUAACCACUGUCCUACCCAAGAACUUUCUCUGACAGAUCUGGUUGUCACAUUUAUGGCCAAAAGUUAAAGGCUUGACAUUUUUCUCCGUAAACUGUUUGUUAGUUAGAAAUUUCUGAGAUUUUUAUACAGGUUGGCUUCUUGAAAGAGAAACUAAUCUAAUCUGUGGAUGAGAGUUGUUAGAAGAAAGCAGUGAGGAGAAGCUGACUUCUAGAAUAUUGCAAAUUCUGGCCAGUGAAAAAAAAGAAAAUGCAAAAUGAGUGUUGCCUUGGAAAACCCAAUGUAUGCCAUGCCAAAGCCCUUCUCACACCAAAGUUUGCGUAAUUUCAUGUGUCACUUAUCCUUGUUUUGAUGUAUUUUUUAUGUAUGCAGGAUGUGUGUGUUGUGAGAGUCUGCAAAUUUGUGCAGAUAUUGCUUGACCGAUGCAUAAAAAAAAAAAGAAAAAUAAAGCACUUUUAAACCUG